AUUUACAUCAUUCCAAUCCAAUCGACUGGCUUUGCAGUUGAAUUCGGUGGUUAAUUCCGGCCCCGGUUUGAUCAAGCGAUAAACAUUUGUGCAUUUCUCGUGUUUUAUUCCAUGUGCUGUCUGUGUACUGAUAAUGACAAGUGAUGAUAGUGAUGCGCUGAUAAGCUGUUCUGUGUUGAUUGUCGACUGUCCAAAAAAACGCUUAUGUUUUAGUCCGAUUGUAGUUGCUGAGCAAGUUGCACGCGUUUCAGUUGAUAAGCACAAUUUCGGAAUUACUAUUGAUUAAAGAAAGUGCUUGUGUUUGUUAUAUAAUUUCAUUGAGUGUAACGUCGGAUAACAAUAAUCCGAGUCUCCGGUAGAACCGGUAUCUAGUGUGUAGAUAACUAAGUGUUCUACGUUCGAAGAAGAAUUAGUGUAUUGUAAACGCAAUGAACCAGAAGUUGCACUUUUGAAUGUCAAACCCUCAAAACCGGUUUCCGCAUCAAGGAGGUGCCUUGAACUGGGUCGUACGAUCAGCAAUUAGAUUUAGUAGCCGCACUACGCUCCAAGAUUCGAACGAACGGUGAUCAGUCAAAUUCAACGAAAUCAAAAGUAACCAAAGAAUAACCGCAAAAAAACAGGUAACAAUGUCCAACGAAACCGAAGAAAACAAGGUGCGUUACCGGCGGACACAAAGCGUCACCAGGGCCGAAGAGAUUACCAAAAAAGAAACCAAACAACGAAGAUCACAGCCAGAUAAGCCAUGUCACCGGCCGCGGGACUCGCUAUUCUCCUGGAGCUCCGGAUUCAACAAUUUCACCGGUCUGGUCAAUUGGGGUUUUCUGCUGCUCACGAUGGGAGGUUUUCGUUUGGUGUUAGAAAAUUUUAUCAAAUACGGUAUCCGGGUCGACCCGGUUCAGUGGUUCGUGGUCCUAACGGGUAGAAACGAAGGCGAAGGUUAUCCGUCGCUGUUGCUGAUUGUCUAUUCAAUAGUUCCUAUAAUGAUCUGUCUGAUCGUGGAAAAAGGCCUUGCAGCCGAUAUUCUGAUGGAAAGCGCCGGCAUGAUAGUGCACGUUGUAAACAUCGUGGUGCUUGUGCUGAUACCGAUGGUUGUGAUACACGUCAAGGGGCAAACUUUCAGCCUAGUUGGUGCCAUGACAGUUUGUUUCACCUAUUGUAUCCUCUUCCUAAAAAUGUGGAGCUACGUUCAAGUUAAUUUGUGGUGUCGAACGCAGUACAAGCACCGAGGUAGCCGAUCCGGUCGCCGGCAAAGUAUAUCAAUUGCACAGCUUCAGAACGAACGUGAACAUGAGCAAGAACGCAACAGUACCGGAAACGGAACAAUCCCGAAGAAAAACAAAGACAAAAUGCCACAGUUGAUACACUAUCCGGACAACUUGCAUUUGAAGGAUUUCUUCUACUUCCUGCUAGCUCCGACUCUGUGCUAUGAGCUAAACUUUCCCCGUACUUCCCGAAUUCGUAAGCGCUUCCUUAUCAAACGUAUCCUGGAGGUUGUCAUCGGAGUGCAUAUCGUUAUGGGUCUGUUCCAGCAGUGGAUGAUCCCUUCGGUGCGGAACUCUUUGGUUCCGUUCUCGAAUAUGGACUUGACCAAAACCGCAGAGCGGUUGCUAAAAUUGGCGAUUCCAAAUCAUCUUAUGUGGCUCUGCUUCUUCUAUUUGACAUUUCACUCGUUUUUGAAUUUAAUGGGUGAAUUACUGCACUUUUCCGAUCGAAACUUCUACAGUGACUGGUGGAAUGCCAACAACAUUGACACCUUUUGGAGAACUUGGAACAUGCCUGUUCACAAGUGGUGCGUCCGACAUCUGUACAUUCCGGUGGUAGACCUAGGUUACUCCAAGAUUUCCGCAUCGGUGAUUGUAUUCUUCAUCAGUGCCUUCUUCCACGAGUACCUCGUCAGCGUGCCUUUGAAAACAUUUAAGAUUUGGGCCUUUAUGGGCAUGAUGGCGCAGCUACCGCUCUCUUCCGUAUCGAAGUUCAUGGAAGUUAACUACGGGCAGCGGUGGGGUAACAUUGUGGUGUGGACAUCUAUAAUUCUCGGUCAACCGCUUGCCAUUAUGAUGUACUACCACGAUUACAUGAUCACCAAUUACAGUGAUGUAGUGGCAUAGAGUGGAUCAUGAGACUGCGUGCGUGGGACCUGUGCGGUAAUAAAUACAAAAUUUGACAGAUUUGCCAAACCUACUGAUCACAUAUCGAAUAGUGAAAAACAUGUACCUAACACCGACGAUCGGAGAGCAUCACACGUGUUUUUCAAGCCAUACACAUCACAUGUUAUGUUAUGCAUUUUGAUAAAAGAUAAGCUAUUACCUGCAUGUUUACUACUUUUUGAAUAUAGUUUUUUCGCGGAA